AUGGCCGAGAAAAGGUCCGAUGUAGAUAUAGACGCCCAUCCCGUCCAUGAACGACGCGAUGAUGCCUUGGAUUAUUUGGAUGAACAUGCCAAUGUCCAGGAUGAGGCGACGGUCGAUCUUGCAGCCCUCCGACGCAAGAUCGACUAUCGCAUUAUCCCCUUCAUGUUUUGCUGCUAUGUUCUGCAGUUCCUCGACAAGGUGAUGCUCAAUUAUGCCGCUGUGAUGGGGAUCAGGAAGGACCUCAAAUUAGUUGGCAACGAUUUUUCCAAUGCGGCGACUUGGUUCUUCAUUGCCUACUUGAUCGCAGAGGCUCCCCUCGUAAUUCUUCUGCAAAAGACUCCUCCAGCCAAAUGGCUCGGAGCAAAUGUCUUUCUCUGGGGGGUUGCUGCGGCGGCCGGUGCGGGCACCCGUGACUAUCCCACUCUUCUGGUCGCUCGCAUCUUCCUCGGCAUCUUUGAGGCGACGGUUGGUCCUUCUCUGAUGUUGCUGAGCAGUCAGUACUACACCAAAAGCGAAGCGGCGCCCCGAUUCACGCUGUGGUAUGUCGGUCUGGGGGUGGCACAGAUCCUGGGUGGUCUGAUCUCCUUUGGCUUCCAGCAUGUCAAGAAUCCAUCCUUCCAAGGCUGGCGCGUCAUGUUCCUUGUUCUCGGGCUGAUCACGUCCAUUACUGGCGCACUGACCUUCUUCUUCUUGCCCGACACGCCGAUGAAGGCAAAGUGGUUGACCGACCGCGAGAAGGUCGCCCUUUUGAACCACGUCAGCGUCAACCAGACCGGGGUGUGGAGCAGUGACUUUAACAUAAAACAGAUCUGGGAGGCUGUAUGCGACAUUCAACUGUGGUUCAUCACGAUAAUCACCAUGCUGGUAUGUAUGCUCGCUUGUCCGAUUGGCCCCGCCAAUUUCCCGAUCACUGACACCAGUAUCGCGCAGAUCUCCGUCUCCAGUGGAGUGGUGACCUCGUACUCGGCAACCUUGAUUGCCGGAUUCGGCUUCUCGGGCCCCCACGCAGCGCUGCUCAAUAUGCCCUCGGGCAUUGUGAGCAUCUUCUUCACUCUCCUCGUCGGCUUUGGGAUCCGCCGAGUCUCCCAUCGCUGGGCCUGGCUGAUCGCCUCCACCCUCCCCGGCAUCCUCGGUGGCGGUCUGCUUUCCUUCCUCCCCAAGCACAACAAAGCAGGUGUUCUCAUUGGGAUUUACCUCGUCAAUGCCAUCGUCGCCACUCUCCCGAUCCUGUAUCAGUGGACGGCGGCCAACUGCGCGGGCCAUACCAAGCGUGCGUUUGCCAGUGCGCUCGUGGCCGGCUCCUUCUCGGUCGGAAACAUCAUCGGCCCUCAGACGUUCCAGGCGCGAGAUGCGCCGGAAUAUCGCCCGGCUAAGAUUGCAGUCCUCGCGACGCAGGCGGCGGCAGCCGUGCUUUCGUUCGUCCUCUUCCUCUACUAUGUGUGGGAGAACAAGCGCAGGGACCGUGCUGCACAGGGGCAGCAGGAGGAUCAGGCACCGGAUGACACCAAGUGGGCCGGUUUGACCGAUCGCCAGAAUAAGGCGUUCAGAUAUGUCUACUAG